CAUCGUGGAUUUACAGCCGUUGAUGAAAUAUCACAAAAAAUUAUGGAGGAAUCGGGAACAUAUCAAUAUAAUAUUUAAAGAAUUGGUAACGGAAAUGGAAUAAUAUUCUUAUCUCAUUGACCAAACCUGUUAUUAUAUAAUGACUAUUUUAUAGAUCUUAGUGGGGUAAAAGUGUGAUCUACUAUCUAGUCUAUUUCAUUUGAUUUACGGAGUCUGAGUUGAGAAAUUAGAGAAAUAGAACUUGAUUAGUGGACAUAAGUUAUGGUGUUAGAUUUAAAUCAAAUCCCAGCCGUACCGGCCAAAACUGCUUUUGUCAUACAUUUAAUACUCAUUACUUGGGGCGUACAAGGCCGAUGGAGUCCAGACUCUUAUCUGUUUUAUAAUGUCAUUUACAUGGGAUGUUUUUUAUGGGCGAUGCAUAAUACAGAAUCGGAUAAACCAGCACAACUAACAAUUUCAGUAAAUCUAGCAGCAGUAUGUUUAGACAUAAUGACUGUGUUUUGUUUUUUGCCAAAUUUCUUAGCUUUAGGUGAAAUGUUCAGUGUUAUAAGUGCUAUGGGAAAUCUGGUUCUACGUUUUGUAACAUUAUCAAUUCUCAGUCGCAUGUGCAUCGAAAGUAGCAAUGGAGCAAAUGAUGGCAUUCCACCUUCUCUGCAAAAUUUUAUUAGUAGAGGAACUGCCAAUCCACAGUCAUAUGAAGACAUAGACCAACCACAAGUUCUUCCACAACAGCAAACUCAAAGCAAUGCUCCAUUUUUUACACCAUACCGUUAAAAACAAAAUUUUAUUUAUUAUUACAAAUUAACAAGUAAUAUUUGUUUUUUCACUGUUGUAAAUUACAGGAAUUAAUCUUUUUUGUGUGUCAUAUUUAACUACCAUAUUUUGUUUUAUAUAAAUAUAUUUAUUUAAAUAAUAAGAAUGUAUAAUUAUAUAUUUUCAUACUCAA